CAAUUCAGAGAGGGUAAGCGAGAAAAGUUCACGCAAUUUAGCCAUGAGAGCGGUUCUUCUGAGAAACGGUUCGGUCGUAGUCCUCCCCUGUCCUCCGGUCGUCCCUGGUUCGCCCCGAGUCUCUCUCUCGCGACAAGACUCAGCUUCCUGUUUGUUCUCUGCCGAGAGGAGCUCCGUUAACUCCCCGAGGAUUUCUCUGCAUUUUGAUUCCAAUCGCCGGAGAGACUCGCCUGCGCGGAUGGGGAUUCGUAGGGCGUAUUCUGAGACCGACGUGAUCCGAUGCGAAUCUCUGUUUUCUAGACUGAACGGAUCCGGAUCUCGGUCUUUUCAGUCGAGUUUGCCCGAGGAGGAGUACCUCUUGGAACGCGACGAGGAGUACGGAGUAGGGUCUUUGCCAAAAGGCGCUGGUAUCUGGCCUGAAAGCGGGAUUCCGGUGGAGGAGCUGGGAUUCUCCGGCGACGGAUUCGGCGGAGGAGGGAAGAAGAGUUGUGGAGGCGAUGACGAUAACGGAAUCGGAAACAGAGAGGAGAGGAGCAAGAUCGGAGCGUACUACCUAGAAAUGCUAAAGUCAAACCCGGAAGAUUCACUCUUGCUCAGAAACUACGGCAAGUACUUGCACGAGGUGGAGAAUGAUACGGGGAAAGCGGAAGAAUAUUAUGGAAGAGCAAUAUUAGCGAGUCCAGGAGACGGAGAGUUACUGAGUCUCUACGGGAAUCUAAUAUGGGAAACACAGAAAGAUGGAGAUAGAGCCAAAUCCUACUUCGAUCAGGCCGUUCAUGCCUCCCCUGAUGACUGCAUGGUGUUGGGAUCGUAUGCGAAGUUUAUGUGGGAAGCAGAGGAGGAGGAGGAAGAAGAAGAGAAUGAAGAAAGCAAGAAGAGAGAUGGAGCGUCACCACCGGUUCUGGUUGCGGUUUUUUAAUUAGCAGAGGACAGAAGCACACCCAUAGGGGAUCCUUAACUUUAAUUCAUUGGGGUGGUGCUGUGUUAAUCUCGUUAAUGAUAAUAUUAAUAAUAAGGAAUAAUAUCAUCUCGUAUAUGCAGUAUUUACACCGUAACAUAGGGAAUAUUAGAGAGAGGAAAUUUUGCUGUUGUACUUUUUUUUUUUUUUAAUCUUGUUUUGUACAGAUCAAAUAAAAUUUUGGCUAACUUUUAGUAAGAUAAAUACUAGUGGAUACCCUCA